AUGAGGGGAUACCAUCAACACUCCUGUGACCCAGUUAUCCCAUUGCCAUACCAGAUCAUCGAUGAUGAUGGGGGAGCAAAUCAAUCAAAGGACCGCAUCAAAGCCGUUGAUUUCAUUGAUCUCAGGUAUGAUGGGGUCAGUAAUGAUGGCAGUUGCUGUGGGUGGCUUGAAGACGUCCCACCUCCUUCCCAUGAACAUCACCACCAGCCUGCACCUCAUCAAGCGGUCAGGCACACACCACAACUCAUCUCACAGCGACCAGAGUUGACCGUCGAUGGUCUCACUCAUCUGACUCUUGGCAAUUUGGUUGCGCUGUUACAGCAACAGCCUCAUCAAAUUGCUGGGCCACAAGACGUGAUAGAUGUCGUCGACAACCCGGUGAGUGGUGGUCAUAAUUCAGCAGCGGCUUCGACCUUUCAGCGCAAAGCCCUGCCUGUAGAUCGUCAGUUCUCACAGACCAUCCAGGGUUAUGGCGAUAUCAGUCAGCGAGGACCCGAGUUACCACCAAUUCGCAAUGAACUUCGCCGUGAAGAUACUCAGCUUCCAGGUGAGCCGGUCCGCAGAAAGUUUGACAUACCACAAGCUAAACGGCAACAGGGAUUCAUCAAAUACUCAAUCUUCCAAUGUCUCGCCCAGGGAUUGCUCUAG